AUGGACCACACUGCGUUCACGUUGUCAUACGAUGCCAUCGUAAAACUAAGUGAAGAGGAGGGACCGAGGCGUAACGUUCUAGAGCCCAAGUUCACGGCCAGGAGCCAAAUGCAAUCAUUAAGGGACUCUGUUGUGAAUGCAUACAGAGAGUCGCCUAGUUUUACUGCGCUUAGUCAAGUUUGCCGGUGUGGUAUAUUCAUUGGUUUAAACAUGUUGGAAACAUCGGAAGAAGAGGAGGGCAUGACAGAGCUGCGCAAGGCAUACUCUGUUACUCUUUCCGGUGCUAAGGAGGAACUGUUGGCCGAUGUUGAGAACAUCACACCCCACCCAAUAGAGUUAAUACUGCAGAACGAGGCACCUUACAUAGACGCGACCCACCGUUUUGCAUUCGCAACUGAGUUUCUGCGGGUUCAUAAUGCACUAGGGCUCUACUUCUCUAAUCGGGAUGCGACAUUGCGUCUCAACGAUGCCAAGCAGGUUCUUCAUGUUGCCGAAAAGGGAUAUAACAAUUGGAACAAGUGGUUUGAAUCGUUACCUGGAAGUUGCGUGAUGCAACAAGUUCCUGUUAAAGAAAGCGGCGGGCUUGACCGCGAAAGCAUAUCCACAGAUGCACUGGCAAUAUACACUGCAAGGUACGAAAUGGAUACGGCAUUUACAUCUACACUUUUCUUUUUGGCGCAGGUUUAUUCAGCAUCGCAGAUGACAGCGAUGGCUUCGCGUUACUGCCACAGAACGCUGUACAGUCAGCUACUCAACAAGAUGGAGUUCUCCAAGAAGGACUGGGCUACGAACGCCCUGCAUCUGAGUGCAUUUUACAGUAGUUACUACGACUACGGUAAAGCGCUACACUGCCUCAGUGCUGGUCGUUUCGUAAUGCCGAAGGAAAAUCCAACUGAGGAGACCCUCGGUGUUGUGGCGUGGGCACACGGAAGGUUCUACUUGCAUCGCCUGCAGCACUAUGCUGAUGUCAAGCGUGGUUGUGCUUCACGUGCCCCCCUACCGGACGAAUUGGAGGGCUGGUGGGAAGAUUUUCCCCUUGACAUCCCCCCACCAGAAUUCCCUCCUAUUAUCGAAACUUUUGACGACGCCCGUGAAUGUUUCAAAACUGCGACCAACUGGUUUAAUGAAGCUCUUAAAUUUUAUGUGUACGAUGGGUGCUGCACUGAGCACAUCGAGAUCAUGAAGGACAAGGCGCGUUUGUAUGAGGUGCUUAUUCAUUUCGAGACGGGCCGUGAUCGUAUUAUUGCUAUGCAUCAGCGUCGCGUGACACUACUAGAGAAAUUCCCAGAUGACCUUAGUUUCAAGGCGUACCCGACACUGGUGAGGCAACUGUUAUUUGACCUCGGCGUCAUUCAUGAGGAAGUAGUUGAGCUGCGCAUCCGUCAGAGAAGCGACCCUGUGGAGGGUGAGAAACCGUUGAGUGACAAGAGCCUGAACGCCCUCGUUAGGGUCAAUCAGUCCUUCUACAGGCGUUUCUGUGAUACAUGGAAAGAUCCAAAAUCAGGGGUGGUACCUGAGGUACUCGAAUCGGAGUCCAGGAUGCCAUUUUUCAGGGCGGCUAUGCGACUUGCCCAGCUGCAGCUAAAAUUUGUUUUUAAAAAUCCCAGAGAGGAGUUCGAGAAUAUCUCGGUUGCCAUUCAAAUGUUUCAAAAGGCCGUUGAUUUUGCAUCUGCAAACCCUAUGGAGGAUGAAACGGAGAAGGAAGUUCAGCUGUCUCGCGAAAUGAUAGAUAUGUUACCCUUGAAGCAACGGGAUCUUUUGCGUGUGUACAACCGUACUGCUUGA